UGGUCUUAUUUUUGCCACCUUACAAAAAAAUGUGCUGUGAGGAUUGAGGAAAUCAUCGGUCAACCAAAUUCAACUGUCGUUUGCGCAAACAUUUCCUUCUCAGGUGCGAGGUAAAACGGGUCGUACACAAAACGGUCCAGAAAUGGCGCAGGAAAAUAUUUUCCUUUUCGUUCCCAAUCUCAUCGGUUAUGCCCGUGUGGUGUUGGCCCUGCUGUCUUUCUACCUGCUGCCCUGCUGUCCGUGGCCGGCGGUCUUCUGCUACCUGCUCAGCGCUCUGCUCGACGCGUUUGACGGCCACGCUGCACGGGCGCUUAAUCAGUCCACCAAGUUUGGAGCCAUGCUGGAUAUGCUUACAGACCGCUGUGCCACCAUGUGUCUGCUGGUGAACCUGUCCCUGCUCUACCCCUCCUAUGUCUUCCUGUUCCAGCUUAGCAUGUGUCUGGACAUUGCCAGCCACUGGCUGCACCUGCACAGCUCUACGAUAAGGGGAUCAGCCAGUCACAAAACCAUCGACCUCUCUGGCAACCCUGUCCUCCGAAUCUACUACACAUCUAAGCCGGUGCUGUUCGUGAUGUGUGCUGGGAAUGAGCUCUUCUUCUGCCUGCUCUACAUUCUUCACCACAUCGAGGAACCUUCAGCCUGGCUCUACUGGCUGCAGGGCGUCUGCGGGAUCAUCUGCCUGCUGAAGUCCGGCAUCAGCCUCCUGCACCUCAUCACCGCCUCCCAGAACAUGGCUGCCCUGGAUGCCGCCGAGCGAGAGAAAAACAUGAAGAAGCAGUGAGAGGAGUCGGUGAGAGCUGAGAUUCGUACAACAAACCCACCAUUAUUUUAUUUAAUCUUAUUGUGACUUGAGACUUUGUGGACUGUCAACUCGAACUGAAGUGACUUACAUUAGACAUGAAACACACUUUAGUUUUAUAAGUUUUAUGACCAAAUAUGACAACAUAACAAUUACAAAUCUAAGCAGAUGUGAGUCUCUACUCGAGAGAUUAACAAGACAGAGGUUGUUGUUUUUUUUUUCUGUGCUCUGAUUUUACAAGUACAUGGUGACAAUACAGUGUCAUAUGGUGGACAUCUGUCAACCAACAGAGAGUUUGCUUUACCACAAACUCUCUAUAUCACAGUAUAAACUGAUCGUACAUACAUUGUGAUAGAAGAAUUUAGCCAUAUUGUUUACUGUGCUGCUUGCCUGAUGUAUGAAUAUACAGUAUAGUGUCAUGAACAUUUCUGGCUCCAGUUUGUGGCUCUCCAGCAUUAUUAAUGGAUUUGAGUCACAGCUUUGUCCAUUUGUGCAAUGUGAACUGAGUUGAGGCGUUUAUUUAUCGGUUGUAUUUAUUAUUUAUACUUUAGAGCUGUAUCAAUUAGUUAGAAAAAUGAGUUGGCACUUAUUUGAUUAUUGGUUAAUUGCUUCAGUCAUUUUUUUUAGAGCAAUGUGAAACUUUUGUUGUUUGUAUCUUUUCAAAUGUGACAGUUUAUUGCCUUUCUUUGCGUGACAAAGAAAUUUGGUUUGUUUUGAUUGGCUUUAUAUCAUAGCUGAUUUAAUAUAUUUAGAAUUUUGAAUGUUAGCCAAAUAUUUGGGGCUUCAGGAAACUUUACUGGGCCUUUUUCACUUAUUUUUUUAUUUUUUAGACCCAACAAUUAUUUGACUGGUCAGAAGAGUAACUAAUAAUUAAAAUAAUCAUCAUAGAAGUAAGUGUUGUUUAAUGACUGGGAUUAAUCCAACUUUGAAAAGAAACUGAGCUCUGUGACUUGAAUGUAACCAUAAAAUACAGGAGGCACAAAUUGGAGCUAGAAGUUUUAUGAUGUUUACACAGCUACAUAAUUUAAUAAUUCAUUUUUCCUGGUGUCUUAAAGUUCUUUAGCAGAUGUAUAGGUCUUUGUAGCAUUUUCAUCCAUUAAAGUUUUUUUAUGCUGAGGUCGUUUAACACACAUGAAAGAUCUGCAGGUAAAUCUUCACACUGUGUUUGUAGAACUGCACUGUGGAGUUCACCAAAAUGGCAGAUGGUCUUGUAUAGCACCUUUCUGCACAUUGAAACACACUCAAAAUACUUUACACUGUUUCUCAUUCACAAACCGGUGAUAUCUCUGGUGUGUGAAUCUGUGUGUGCAACUUGGGGUUCAGUGUCUUGCUCAGGGGCACUUCGACAUGUGGUUUGGAGAAGUUGGGAAUCGAAUCGCCAGCCCUUCGGUUAGGAGACGACCAGCUAUACCUCCUAAGCAACAGCCCCAGUGAAGGUUGCAGUUGUGUUUUGCAGAAAGCAAACACCUUGCUUCUUCCACAUUUUGUUAGUGUGCCCAAACAUCCUCAUCCUUACUUGUCAGGACAUUUUGUUUGACAGCUAUUGCUCACAUCAGUUAUUCUGUUUGAAGCUGAAGGCCAUGGGUAUGUGUUACUCAUCUGCUGAUUGAACUUGAAAUGAAUAGAAAAAACAAUGAGAUUAAUGCAAAUAGAUUUUAUUAGAAAUGUAUCAGUGGCAGUAGAAUAAACAUUGUUGUACAACUGACCAGUGAACAGAAUCUGAAAAAUAUUACUGUCACUGUUACUAUCAGUCUAGUUCUGUCUAUAAGGCCAUUUUGGACAUCAGACCAACCAGUAUGCUAAAAAUCAGAGUGCACUAUGUGUUUAGGUGCCUAAACAGAAAUUCUCAGCAGCCACAUUUUCUGAUGCUGACAUUUUAAAACUCUGAGCUUUCUGUCUAACCUGUGAUUCCACAUUUUCACCCUUUAUAGCAUUAUUGAUGGUGAAUACAUCUUUAAUUUAAAUCUGACCUUUUAUACACUGAUUCAAAGGCUGUUGUUGCUUCAUAAUCUGCAUCAAACCGGUUUAGAGAACUUUUUGGCAGUUUUACUUUGUCUUGUUAGCCAGAACUACAGUAAACAUAAAACCGGUGACUCAUGUAAAAGCCACCUUUAUCCCCUCAUUUGUUUUGUUAUUUUUAAUAUUUUGAUUCAUUAAGAUGAAAUUGUACUGAAAUCUGCAACACAGACCAAACAGAUGUUUUCACAGAGCUUAUGCAGAUGACCUCCCUUUGCUCUCAUUAAAGAAAACAUUGCAAACUUCUGAAACAAAAGCUCUUUGUUUCAUGCUCAAAUAUUCCUUUUGUGACCCGCGAGCCACACGUUUUGCCAUUCUUGUUGUUUAUUUCUUGAGAUUCCUGCUUAUGUUUUGGUGUUGAUUAAAGGUGAUUGUUGCAGUUGAGGGAUGCUGAUCUGUUAGUGUUUAUUUAAAAUAGUUUUUUUGUGGUAGAAGAAGUGUUUUACUAUACUUGGAAACAAAUAGAAAGUUAUGCAGUUCAUAAGUUAUACUUCAAGUAUUUGUUUGUAAUGUCACUGAACAGACAUUUGUGCUGAUAGACUGCUGUAAAGGUGUGUUGCACUGCAAAAUAUGUGCAUUGAAAUAUAAAUAUUCACCUCUUGUUUUGAUGAAACUCAUUUCAUUGAAUGUAUUAUAGGAAACAAAUGUAUAUCAACAGCAAAGCCAUGUCUAAUGCUAUAUUUAAAAAUGUAAUUGUCAGAAUAUUUGGCUAUUUUUCAGAGUGCAGGUGGUUUAAAUUUACUGUUAAAACAGCUGCAAAAUAAAGACAAUGAAGACAAGCUUUAGUUUCUCUGGUCACAGCUUGUGUU